CCUCUCUCCCCACCACCGUCCCUAAUGUCAUUAUCAACGUCAAGGCAUCGAUGCUGAUUUGAAUCGCAGUGACACAGACUCUCACAUAGACAAAGCGAAAGAGAGAGCUGCAUAAUCACACUGGAAGAAUCUGAAUGAUACAUGCUGGAGAAGAACCACACCUUUUACGGCAUGUCGGUUUUUGAUUCCACGGCCAAGAGUGGUUCGCCGCAUUUGAGAACCGGAAGAAGAAAAAGAAGCUAGAGACGAAGGAGAAGCUGAAAUUACGGUGGAUUGCGGUUGGAAUCGUCGCCGUGGAUGGAGAAAUUUACGGUGGUAUGAUAUCAGAUUAGGAGGCGACAACGGCGAGAGAGAGAGAGAGAGAUGGCGUAUGCCGGAAAGAAGAGAUGGAAAGGUUUGGUGGUAGGAGUCUUAGACCUGGUUCUGCUUUCUAUGCUCGUGCCUCUUCUCUUCCUUCUCGGUAUUCACAAUGGCUUUCAAGGAUAUGGUUCAGAGCAGCCGAAUUCGCCUACAGUAAGGACUUAGUUUCUGGUUUGUUUUGGUUAGGUGGAGAUUUUGUGCAAGAAUUUCCCAGAAAACGUUUUAUAAGAGUUUUGAGAGAGAUGAAUAUGUGGAAAUUGAUACUGUGGAAAUGGGAGGUGCUGAUUUUGGUUUCGAUUUGUGGGAGGCUGGUUUCGGGUUGGAUUAGGAUUAUGGUGUUCUUUGUGGAGAGGAACUCAUCCUGAGGAAGGGACAACAUAUUUUGUUUAUGGGAUCAGGAAGGCUGUUUAGAACUAUAUUUGGCUUGGCCUUAUUUGAUGGGUUGGCAUUUCGGGUUGAUCAAGAAGGGUGAGAAGGAAACAAAUGGUAGAAUCCAAACGAAGAAGAAGAACAAUUUGUAUUGAGGUAUGAAGAAGAAGAAAAAAAAAUCUGAUAUUGCAGAGAGAGGGGAGAGAGGUUUGGAGAAGAUGAACAGUGAAAUGACAUAUUUACCCCUAAAAAAUUGCCCCGUUUCACACAUUCUAAUGGCGUCAUUAACGUCGUGUACAAGUCUUUGGUCGGGAACAAAUGUUCGUGUACCAAAGUUCAUAA